CUUUUUUCUUUCUUCUUUUUUUUUUUUUUCCUUGAAGGGAAGUAACCUUGUUCACGACACAGCCUAUGAAGGACACAUCAAACUUAUAUCUAAAACCUUCAAUGUCUUUGCUACUAGAAAAGCCUGUUAUGGCACAAAUGUUAAGAUACAUUUCUGGAUGGUAGACUGGAUGUUCACAUUGUAAAAUUUGGAUCCUAUACUUUUUGUUAAGAUUCCUGAACAGUUUCAUUAUAGAGCCCUUUUUUUCUUUUUUCUUUUUUUUUUGGGUCCAAAAUUGUAUCAGGGAAAAACAACAGAUUCUAGUUGUGUUAAAGAGACUCAAGGAGCUGGUCCAUAUUCCCAAGAAACCAAAGAUACUAUGCCCAAUUCUGAAAUUGGUGGUUCUGUGCAUUCCAGUUCUCAUCUAAAUAAUUGUCAAGUAAGAGAAAAUACUGAUACAACGUGGCUGAAUUGUGCACAGGAAUGGAAAUGUGAAAGUGCUCAAUCAGUUGAUAUAGAAUAAUCACCAAGCAAGUUCUGGAUUGCACUCUGUUUCUGAACCGGGAUGGCCUGCUGCAAAAAAGUGAUGCUGCAGGCUCUGACCCUUAUGAUCCUCCAAGUAAAAUAAUAGUUUUUGUGAAAAUUUGUCAGCUUUUCCUGGCAUAGAUUUUUCCACCACUCAACUAGGCAAGGGCAAAAGUGAUAAUGACGCUGAAUUAGCUUGGCCAAACGUUAGUUCUAUGCCAUGGAAAGAUAUCUUUGCUGCUUGUACUAAGCAUAUUCCAUAUCAAUCUGGGUUUCCCUCCUCACCUCCUGAUAUCAGGGGUAAGCUUUUCAGCAACAAUGUUGUUGGAGACCUAGACAAUGGGGAUUUGCAGAGUCAAAUAGAAUCUAAGGCUUCAUUUGAGGAUUUUUCAUCUUUCUCUAAUUGGCUAAUGGAGGAGAAAUUAUAUUCAGAAUCAGCAUGUUCUCUAAUUGGCUAAUGGAGGAGAAAUUAUAUUCAGAAUCAGCAUGUGAAACUACUUCUAAAUCCAUGAAAUACGGUGAACAUGAUCAUGUUCUUCCACCUGAUUCUGAUGACUACUUAAACUUGAAAUAUGAAGAAGGUUUUAAGAAGCUUGACAGUUUAAACCACUGGAAUGGUAAGGAACUUGGAGAUGGUACAGAUGUAGAUGAGUUGCAUAUGCUACCCGGUUCUGGGGCUCUGCGGGGAACCGUUGAAAAUGAAAAUGGGAUUGGGAUUGGUGUUUCCAGCAUUCCCACUGAAGGACAAGUGCAAACCUUUGUGCCUGGUCCUUCCACAUCCCAGGACCAACUCUUUAGCAUCGUUGAUUUCUCACCAAAUUGGGCAUAUGUAGGCUCUGCAACCAAGGUUCUGAUUGUGGGAAGAUUUAUGAAGAGUCCACAUGUGUUAGAAAAUUGUAAAUGGUCAUGUAUGUUUGGGAAGGUAGAAGUUCCAGCAGAGGUUAUAGCAGAUGGUGUUCUUUGUUGCCAUACUCCAACACAUGAGGCUAGCAGGGUUCCUUUCUAUAUCAUGAGCUCCAAUGGAUUAGCUUGUAGUGAAAUGCGAGAAUUUGAAUUCCGAACUGUUCAGAUUGAAGAUAUUAACGCUGCAGAAAACUAUAAUGGUAGUGCUAAUGAUAAUCUUCAAUCACGAUUUGAUAACUUGUUAAGCUCAAGCUCCAAGUUAACUACUUCUGAUCCCAGCAGUUGGGGUCAUAUAUCCCAGUUGAGCAGUAAAAUCAGUUCAUUGCUGAAAGUGGCCUACAAAGAAUUGGAACAGAUGUUAAAGACUGGUUCAGUAACAGAAUUUUCCUUUGAAAAAUUUAAGGACCAGCUGCUUCAGAAGCAUCUGAAAGAGAAGUUGUAUUUAUGGAUCUUACAGAAGGUAGCUGAAGGAGGUGAUGGCCCUAGUAUAUUGGAUGAGGGUGAACAAGGUGUUCUUCAUUUGGCAGCUGCACUUGGCUAUGAUUGGGCUUUGGAGCCUACUGUACUUGCUGGUGUAAGUGUUGAUUUCCGUGAUGUGAAUGGAUGGACUGCACUUCACUGGGCAGCAUUUUGUGGCAGAGAGCACACGGUGGCUUCCCUCAGUUCAUUAGGUGCAGCUACUAGAGCAUUAACACAUCCAUUACCUAAAUAUCCCUCGGGCAGAACUUGUGCUGAUCUGGCGUCUGUCAAUGGACACAAAGGAAUUGCUGGAUUGCUUGCAGAUUGCUCUUUGGAUGUCCACAUUCCAUCCAUUAAUUUGGAUCACCAAGACGAUGCUGCAGGACCAAAUGCGGUACAGAAAAUUUCAGAAAUUAGUGCAGCACCACUUAGCUUAGGGAAUGCAUCAGAUGGCCAGUCACAAAAGGACUCAUUAGCUCCCACCUGUGAUGCUGCCACUGCACCAACUGUUUUGACGAAAAUUGUGCUCAAGGUGGAUGUAGCUCGUAACAAGCAGAAGCAUAAGGCCAUGACGUCAGUCUGUUCUAUCCGAGGAAUUGAUCAUAUCAUUUUCGACAUGAAAACACGGCGAAUGCAAGUCGUUGGAGCAGAAAUUGAUCCUGUGGUUCUUGUUGGUAGACUACGCAAAAUAGCUUGGGCAGAGGUACUCUCAGUAGGACCGGCUGAGCGAAAUGAGGGAGAAAAGGAUGAGGUGAAAGAUGACGAAGAGGGACCGGACAAGGACAAGGGGCCGAACAACGGCGAGGGGCCGAAGAAGGACGAGGGGCCGGAGAAGGAGAAACAAGAGGGAAAGAAACGAGCCCCAGACCCUGCUCUGGAGAGUGGGAAGGCAUGCAAGAUUUUGAAGGUAUAUUUAGCAUAAAAGGCUCUGUUGACUGCAUAUUACAAUGUUCAAAGCAUGGAGACAAUCCAAAUGCUUGUGCUAGUAUUUGUUGGGGCCAGUGGCGGAACCACAUAUCGGCCAGGAACGACCACGCCCCCCCCUGAUCUUUUGAAAAUUUUUUAAUUAGCACCGCUAUACUUUAAAAAGUAUAAAUAGGACCUUAAGAUUUUAAAUAUAAAAUAAGAAUUUAU